AGGUAUCCAAAGCGUUCUCUGUCUCCCCCUUUUACUUUUGUCUUUCCUUUCUGUUGUGUCUUUAUGAAUGGCCCCACUUACAGAUUCAAUCAUCCCAUCAUCGAUCCUCUUUUUCUUUUUUACUUUCACGCACCCGGUCCCUAAUACUACUCUGUAACUCCAUUAAUGUAGUCACGCAAUUUUAACAAGACACAAACUCCAACUUAAAUUCUCUUUCAUAGGUUGUCGUCUUCUGUUUUUCCUUUUUCCAUUUUUAUAAUCCCAUUUGGUAAAACAAACUACUCCAAAAGCAACGUUGACUCAUGCUUAAUAUAUCUCCAAUCUUAUUACAAAUAUAACAACUUCUAACCUUUCAGUUCCAACAACUAAACCAUUAUUCAUUCCUCAUAUUCCCAUUAACAAAUGUUUGUUCCUUCAACAACAACAAAAAUGGAAAAUCGUCCAAGAAUAACACUCUACGAUCAAAUGACUUCAUCCAGUAACACAACAACCAACACUCGAAGCUCACUUGCAACGUUAAUCCAAAGCGACGCCGUUUUCGCCAUUCAGAAAACCCGAAACCAAACUCUCUUAGACAUUAUACGAGAAAACGAGCCCAACAACGAUGUUAGUAACAGCAACAGCACAAAAGAUCGAAAAUCGUGGAAAGCUUUUAAGGAAUUACUUCGUCUAAAGCGUCGUAACUCGGACGAGUCAACUCAACAACAACAACAACAACAACAAAACGACGUCGUUCGGGAAGAUCUGAACAAUUCGGAUCCGGUCGAAUUGCUCGCCGGCGGGGAGUCCUCCGACGAGGAAAUGAACGUUAAUAGCUCGGAGACGGCGCAGGUUAGUAUGUCGCUGAUGGAUUUGUUAGAAGAGAGUGAAAUUGAUUUGGAUCGAAUUGGUGAUGUUGACGAAGGUGAUGACGUGGAUGAGAAACGAGAAGAAGAAGAAGAAGGGAAUGUUUCGGUGGAACGCAAUUGCUGCGUGUGUAUGGUGAGGCAUAAAGGUGCAGCGUUUAUACCGUGUGGACACACGUUUUGCAGGAUGUGUUCAAGAGAGCUAUGGGUGAGUAGAGGAAAUUGUCCUCUUUGCAAUAAUUUGAUAUUGGAAGUUCUUGAUAUUUUCUAAUUUUCUCUCAAUUUUUUUUUUAAUUUUUAGAUUUAUUUUUCCCCUAUAUUUAUCUCUCUGUAACUCUGUUUGAAGUUGGGAUUGCCUGAUUUCAAUCAAAUUGGAGAUGUUGCAUUGCAUGUGUAAAAUCACUAAAUUGUGUAUGCCUUCACUUGUUAAUUUGUUACUGUUUUUUUUUUCUAGGAACAAUGAUUUUUUAUGCAAAAAUAUUAUUUUAAUUUUGAUUUUUA